AUGAUGCGAAAUUCCUUCUCGCGGGUCGCGCAAGCGCCUAGAACAUGGUUCUCGCAGACGACCAAACGAUUCAAUCAUCACCAGACAAUCCUUGGGGUCAAUUACACCAAGCAACUCGAAACACUGAAUGCGUUGAAGCGUCAGUCCCAGAGACCACUGACUCUGACCGAGAAGCUCCUCUACAGUCACCUUAUCACCGGCGACAAGGAAUGGAACUUGGAAACCAUCGAGCGUGGCAAGACAAUUUUGGAGCUCAGGCCUGACAGAAUUGCCUGCCAUGAUGCUACUGCGACGAUGGCUCUCCUGCAAUUCAUCAGUGCAGGGCUCCCACACGUGAUGGCGCCCACGACAGUACACAGUGACCAUCUGAUCAUUUCAGAGAAAGGCGCAUCCGAGGACUUGCAACGUGCGAUCUCUGAGCAUGCGGAGGUAUAUGAUUUCCUGAGCAGUGCUUCGAGGAAGUAUGGCAUUGGUUUCUGGAAGCCUGGAUCCGGAAUCAUUCAUACCGUGAUCUUCGAGAACUAUGGAGUUCCCGGUGGUCUGAUCAUUGGAACCGAUUCGCAUACCCCGAAUGCAGGUGGCUUGGGAAUGCUUGGGAUUGGGGUUGGCGGCUCUGACGCUGUGGACGCCAUGUCCGGAAUGCCGUGGGAGUUGGUGGCCCCGAAGGUGAUUGGUGUCCGCCUCACUGGCCGGCUCAGUGGGUGGACAUCAACCAAAGACAUCAUCUGCAAAUUAGCCGGCAUCUUAUCUGUCUCUGGCGGAAAAGGCUCCGUGAUCGAGUUCUUCGGCCCGGGAACCGAGACCCUGGGAGCAACUGCCAUGGCUACUAUCUGCAACAUGUCUGCAGAGAUUGGCUCAACGUCGUGUAUCUUCCCGUACUCUGAGGCCAUGCGUCGGUACCUCGGUGCCACUAACCGUGAUUAUGUAUCCGAGGCGGCUCUUAGGGUGAAGGAGACUCUCUUGACAGCUGACGAGGGCUCGGACAAUCACUAUAAUCAGGUUAUUGAGAUCGACCUCGACACUCUCGAGCCUCAUAUUAACGGACCUUUCACACCAGACUUGGCUCACUCUAUCUCCGAGCUUAAGAGUGCCGUUGCUGAGAAAGACUGGCCCUCAAACCUAAGCCAUGCCAUGGUCGGCAGCUGUACUAAUAGCUCUUACGAAGAUCUCAAUAAGACUAGGCAGCUAGUCGCUCAAGCAAAGCGGGCUGGAGUGAACAAGUUUAAGAUUCCAUUCCUCUUGACCCCUGGCAGUGAACAGAUUCGCGCUACUGCGGAAGCAGACGGAAUUUUGGAUGAGCUGCGGGAGGCCGGCGCUGUCGUGCUAAGCAGCUCAUGCGGUCCCUGUGUUGGAUCCUGGGACCGUAAAGAUGUGGAUGUGAAAGGAAAAGAGAGGAAUUCGGUCAUCUCCAGCUACAACCGCAACUUCAUUGGCCGUCAUGACAGCAACCCCGCGACACAUUCCUUCGUCACUUCGCCAGAGAUAGUCACUGCAUUUGCCUACUCCGGACGCUUAGACUUCAACCCCUUGACCGACAGCGUCCCUGUUGGGGAUUCGUCGUUCCAAUUCCAACCACCCACGAAUCGCGAACUCCCUGUGCAUUUCGAGAGCGGCAAAGACACCUUCCAGAAACCCCCCGUCGACGCGUCCGGGCUAUCUGUCGCAGUGAACCCCAAAUCAGAUCGCCUCCAACUUCUCACACCGUUCAAAGCAUGGCAGCCGCAGUGUGCCAAUCAGAUGGAGCUCUUGACUAAAGUAGCUGGCAAAUGCACCACUGACCACAUCUCCCCAGCUGGACCGUGGUACAAGUACCGAGGCCAUCUGGAGAACAUUAGCAACAACAUGCUCACAACCGCAUCAAAUGCCUUCUUGCCUAACACCCCCCAAAACUUGGGCCACACCCGAAACCCCCUCACAAAUGAAGUCCAGGUCGUCCCCGAGGUCGCACGGAGCCUACAGGGUCUCGGUAUCCGCUGGUGCAUUGUCGGCGACCACAACUACGGCGAAGGCAGCUCACGUGAGCAUGCAGCCCUAGAACCGCGUUUCCUGGGAGGCGUUGCGGUGAUUGCGCGCUCUUUUGCUCGUAUCCAUGAAACGAAUCUUAAGAAACAGGGCAUGCUUCCCUUGACAUUCGACGACCCGGCCGAUUAUAUUCGGGUUGCGGAAGGUGAUCGUAUCACACUACUUGGGGUCGAAGACGGAGAGUUCCAGCCGGGGAAGCAGGUUGUGAUGAGGGUUGAACCACGCCAAGGUAAGGCUUGGGAAGCUUCCUUAAAUCACAGCUAUCAUCCGGGCCAGAUUGCUUGGCUCCGUGCUGGAAGUGCAUUGAACCAUAUCAAGGCCACUAUGCUUCAGAAGUGA